AACCAAAUUCGGUGACAAAGAAAGAGAACAAUUUCUCCCAGAUAACAGUCACAUUACCAUCGUCUACAUCACUGCAAAUUCAUAUUAUUCAUGAUAGUUCUGAUCCCAAUUUACGGACCCACAUCACAACCUUCUUCAGUAUCAAUUUCUUGGCUACAAACCCCUCUUUUCUCUGAUAAAUUUGUCAUCUUUUUUGUGGGUUUUUGUUAAAGAUCUGAAAAAAAACUUGUGGGUUUUGAUGAAAGUGUGUUAAAGAUCUGAAAAGAAUGGUGGGUACAGCUAAUGGUGGGAAAAGACCCAUCACUCCAGUCACACCAGACGCACCAGUCACUCCAAGACAAGCUUUUUCGGUUGUUAAUGGCGGUCAAGAUCCGGGUCUGCGCUCCGGACCCGGUAGUGUUAACGGGUCGGGUUGUGGCGGUGGAGGUGGAGGUGUUGGGUUUACUAGAGAACAAGUUGAGGCUUUGUUGAAUAUGAAGAUCAAAGCUAAAGAUAAGUUCAAUCUCAAGGAAAAAUGUGAUUUAAUGAUGGAGUAUAUUAAAAAGCUUAGAUUGUGUGUUAAAUGGUUUCAAGAUUUUGAAGGGGGGCUUUCUUUAGAACAUGAGAAGCUCAAGAAGCUGUUUGAAUCAGCAGAAAAGAAGUCCAAUGAAAUGGAAAUGCUAAUGAAUGCAAAGGAAGAAGAAUUGAGCGCGAUCAUCGAGGAAUUAAGAAAUAAUUACUCGGUUUUACAAGAGAAAUUCACGAAAGAGGAAAGCGAAAAACUGGCUGCAGUUGAAACAUUGACGACGGAGAAGAAUGCUAGAACGACAGCCGAAAUGUCACAAGCUUCCCUCACUGAAGAUCUCGAAAAAGCUCAAGACGAGUGUUCAAGUGCGAAUCAGAAGAUAAUAUCACUCAAUGAUAUGUACAAAAGAUUACAAGAGUACAACACGGGCUUACAACAAUACAACAGUAAGCUGCAAACGGAGCUUAAUCAAACCAGCGAGACCCUAAGCAAAGUGGAACACGAAAAAGCUGCGUUAAUGGAGAAUUUAAGCAAGUUAAAAGGCCACCACGAGUCUCAACAGGCUCAGUUGGCUUCUACCAAAGCGAGUUUAGAAGAAUCGAUACAGCUAAAAGAAGCUUUAGCUAGUGAAGUUGGUUGUUUGAGAGGGGAUUUGCAUAAAGUGAGAGAAGAUCGUGAUCGACAAUUGUCGCUUGUUCAAGAUUUAACGGCUGAAGUAGUGCAAUAUAAAGAAUGUACUGGAAAAUCGGCUGUGCAGUUGGGUACCCUAACUUCAAGAUCACAAGAGCUCGAGGCAAAGUGUGCUUCACAAAUCGACACGAUAAAAAGAUUGCAGGAGCGACUUGCUACCGCACAGAAGAAACUGGAGUUAUCUGAUUUAUCGUCAAUUGAGACAAGAGCGGGAUACGAAGAAGAGAAAAAACUUAACUCAGAGUUAAUAAUUCGUUUGGCAGAGGCAGAAUCGAAAGUUAUCGAAGGAGAAGCCUUGAGAAAAAAGUUGCAUAAUACAAUAUUGGAAUUAAAAGGAAACAUACGAGUUUUCUGUAGAGUCCGGCCCCUUUUGUUGGACGAAGGUGUGGAAGAUGAAACAAAACCCAUUUCUUUCCCGACGACAACGGAAGCUCUUGGCCGAGGCAUUGAAGUGUUGCACCAUGGUCAAACCCAUCCUUUUAUGUUUGAUAAAGUGUUUAUGCCUCAAACAACACAAGAAGAGGUGUUUGAAGAAGUAUCACAGCUUGUUCAAAGUGCACUUGACGGUUAUAAGGUUUGCAUCUUUGCCUAUGGUCAAACGGGAUCCGGUAAAACACAUACAAUGAUGGGAACACCAGGAAGCUACGACGAUAAAGGACUCAUACCACGGUCACUUGAACAAAUAUUUGAGGCCCGACAAAAGCUUAAAGAACAAGGGUGGAAGUACGAAAUGCAGGUUUCAAUGUUGGAAAUAUACAACGAGACAAUACGCGACUUAUUAUCAGCAAACAAAUGUUCGACAGAUGGUAGUGCUAAUAAACAACAAUAUGCAAUUAAACAUGAUGCAAAUGGCACCACCCAUGUUUCGGAUUUGACCAUUGUUGAUGUUCGUAGCAGUAAAGAGGUCUCGUAUUUGUUAAACCGUGCCGCACAAAGCAGGUCUGUGGGUAAGACUCAAAUGAACGAACAAUCAUCAAGAAGUCACUUUGUCUUCACUCUACGGAUAUUCGGCGUUAAUGAGACUUUGGAGCAACAAGUACAAGGUGUUCUCAACCUUAUAGAUCUUGCUGGUAGUGAACGCCUUUCCAAGAGCGGGUCAACCGGGGAUCGGCUAAAAGAAACUCAGGCCAUCAACAGGAGUUUGUCAUCACUAAGUGAUGUUAUAUUUGCACUAGCAAAGAAGGAAGAACACAUUCCAUAUAGAAACUCAAAGCUCACAUAUCUUCUUCAGCCUUGCUUAGGUGGCGAUUCAAAGACGUUGAUGGUGGUCAACGUUUCUCCAGCACCAUCUUCGGUCAGCGAGUCACUUUGCUCUCUUCGGUUUGCUGCAAGAGUGAAUGCUUGUGAGAUCAGCAUCCCUAGACGUCAAACCUCGAUGAGAUACAUGGAGCCCCGACUGAGCUAUGGUUAAGCGAACCGCUGGAUUCAAGUUGUUAGUUAUUAACAUAGAACCAAAACCGAAAAGUUUGUUGUACGUUUUAACAGUUUGCAUGUAACGUGUAUAGCCGAAAGGAUCUUACAUGGUUUGUAACAGUGAAGAAUGAUAGGAUUAGUUGUUUUAUGAUCAUGAGAUUUGUACUUGUUGAUUUGAUGAUACUUGACAGUUAUAGAUCCUGAUUAAACAUAUUUUCUAAGUGUUC